GAGCUGCCUGCAACAGGCAUUGAGGCUGCUGAGAAACGAGUCUGGUGGCUUUCAGCACAGCACAGGUGACUCGAUUACCCACAGGGGACUGCACUGAGUGCCUGACACAGCCUCUGACCACAAAUUGUGGUAGAGCAGGUGCCAAAGGGAUGGAGAAGUUAUACAGGUAGCAGAGCCCCCACGCUUUGCUCCUCUGAGAAAUGGAAAAGCAACAAAGAGGAUGAGGGUGCUAACACACAGAUCUUCCACUGUGAAGAGGAACCUGGCCUUGAGAGCUAUGUCUGCCCUUGUCUUUUUUCACUAGGUGGUGAAAACUGAUGGAGCAGAAAGUCUGCCUUGGCUGCUGUAACACAGACCAUUGCUUCAAUGCAACAUGAAGAAUACAGAUAGGGUUUCUUUUAACUUGUCAGCAAACGUGUUAAGGUCCUGAGCCACCAUCCCAUGAAAUCCCCAUCUGAAGUCCAAGAUGAACCUUUGGAGACCAUCCUUUCUGGUGUUCUUUGCAGUGUCCGCCACAGGAUUGCUCAUUAAGCCCCGAGAGGGCAGCAUUGCUGGAGGAACGUGGAUCACUAUUACCCUGGAUGCAUCCCAGCAGGCAGAACACAUCUCUUCAGCCAGCUGGUCCCACCUGGAGGUGUCCCUGGUGAACCCAGACCUGCCCAGUUUGCCAUGCGAUGUCUCUCCUGUAUAUUUUGGCUUACCCAGUAUACGAUGCAGAACGAGGUCUUCACCCCAGGAAGGUUUGUACUAUGUGGAGGUGGCCUUUAAGGGACGUGCGAUUAACAACUUGACUGGGGUAGAGAAAGAAAACUACACUUUCAAGUUUUCUACUGCACAGACACCUGUGGUUUACCAAAUUAGCCCACCAUCUGGCAUCCCAGGAAAUUUAAUAGAGAUAUAUGGGAAGACAAUUGCUGGAAGAUACGAGACCCUGGACUUCAAUGUAGAUUAUAUUGAUGGACCGGCUAUUCUUACGGCAGAAGGAGAUGGAUGGAUCAGCCUCUGCUCUUUUGCUGACAGACAGACUGGAAGCAUCUACCCAAUUCAGGCAGAUGAAGGAGUGGGGACCAUGCGGUGCCGAGUGGAAGGGAACCACAUAGGGUCUCACAACGUUAGCUUCUCAGUGUUCAACAAAGGAAAAUCAGCAGUCCACAAAGAUGCUUGGCUCAUCAGUGCCAAACAGGAGCUUUUCUUGUAUCAAAUACAUUCAGAAAUAGCCUCUGUGUUUCCAGCUGGUGGAAGUCUUGGAGGAGGCACUGAUCUCACUAUCACGGGGGAUUAUUUUGAGGAGCCGGUGCAGGUCACCUCUGCAGGUGUCCCCUGUAAAGUGAAGCAUGUCUCUCCCCAGCAAAUCAUCUGCACCACUGAGCCAGUUGGCAAGGGCAGGAGGCUCGGUGCCCCCCAGCCAGGAAAUAGAGGGCUUCUCUUUGAAGUUUGGGAUGAUGCCUCUGAUCUAACGGAAGCAGGUCCAGGAUAUAGAUGGCAAUUUGUACCUAAUGCCAGCUCCCCAGUAAGAUUUCUGUCUGCGGCAAAGCACUCCUUCAGCUCCAGGCUUCGUGGAUUUUUUGUGGCUCCUCAGACCAACAAUUACACCUUCUGGAUUCAGGCAGAUGGACAGGCAUCUCUGUACCUGAGUUUAUCUGAAGAUCCAGGAAACAAGGUGAGAAUAGCUUCUAUCCCUGCUGGCAAUUCUGAAUGGUCCGGGAACUGGGUGAAGAACUGGAGUGAAAGCUGGCAGCCAAAAUCCCAGAAAUUCGAGCUAACUGGUGGCCUCAGGUACUACCUGGAAGCACUACAUCAUGGAAAGACACCCAGCAAUGGGAUGAGAGUUGGAGUCCAGAUACAUAACACCUGGCUGAAUCCCCAGGUGGUGAACAGCUACUACAGGGAGAGACACGAAAUUCGGGCUCGUGCCUUGCAUCUUCCAGAAGUGCAGAUGCUGACUGUGACUGGUACAGGGUGGUUCAGUAUCUCCGGGAACAACGUCCUCCGCAAAAUGAUCCACACGAAUGCUACUGCUCAGCAGGUCCAAACAGCAAUAGAGGAACUUCUUUCAGUAGGAUGUGACACGGAGCCAACUUCUGCUAAAAUCCUUUUCCGUGAUGGGUUUGAGAAAGAAGGUACAAGAGCCUCUGUUACCACAGGACAUGUUGUUAGUGGAACGGAGCCCUUCUGUGGGAGGUUCAGCAUUCGCAGACCAAGCCAGCUGGUGAAAACUUCCCCAUCAACCCUAACAAGAUAUGAUCUUACUGAAUACACACACGUGUGUUUUGCACAUAAAGGUCAUAUGAGCCGCAUCUUUCGUAUCUCAGUGUCCUACACCAAUGUUUCUUUAUGUUCAGUGAAGAGGAAUCUCACUUGCCUAUGGGAUUUCAAUGAAACUGACCACAAAAGCUGGAUGUUCACCUGCACCAAUGUCUGGAGGGGAUGUGUGAAUCACUCCAUGCUACUCCAGGACCUCCCUGCCACCUCCCCGGUGUUUGUGCAUCAGAUUGAUUUGCUGAGUCCUACGCUGCAAAAGGAAACCCCUGGGUCAUUUUACCUCGAUGAAGUCAUCAUCACAGACAGAGCUGUGACUGUUUCUCAGAGGGAUCCCAAGCCACCUUGGCUAGGUGGGAGGAUCAUAGAAGCAGUGACUGUGGUGGGGUCUUCUCCCACUUACAAUGUGUCCUGGCUCGCCUCUGGCUGUGGUGCCAGUUUGCCCCUUCUCUCCCUAAGAGGUGCUUUGCUUUGCGAGGGCUCUGAGGAGGUUGGCUACCUCUAUGUCUCCACAGAGGAUGUGAGAGUCAGUGUCAUCACUCAGAGGCUGCAAAAGUCAUCUCCACCUAUUGGAGGGACCUUCCGCGUCCACUUGGCCAGCACAGUGAUUUCAGGUGUCUCCGUGCACAUCUCCUCCCACCAUCUCCGCAAGCUUCUGCAAGACAACACAGAUAACUCUACAGCCCCAUACUUCAAAGCCAGUGACUUCGUUGUGACCAAAGACUCAAACUCUUGUUAUGAAAGCAUUUGGACACUCACUUGGAAAAGAAAAACUGGGGACUUGCCCAAUGUUAUUAGUGUCUCUGCUGAAAACCUCACUGGUCUGAAGCCAACUAUUUCUAGUCGUGUGAUUUAUGAUGGGGGUGUGUUUAUUGGGCCAAUUUUUGGGGACAUGCUUGCUACUUUCAAUAACCAAACACAGGUGGUGGUGGUGGUGAAUGAUGUCCCUGCAAACUGUUCAGGUUUGUGCUCUUUCCAGUUCAGCCAGGAAAUGACACCCUUAGUCAGUGAUGUGGAGUAUUCAUCAGAUGAUGGAUCUCAGGCCACAGUAGUUAUCAGGGGUGUUGGUUUCACUGAGCAGAACACUACCCUGCAGGUAGAGGUGAACAACACAACCUGCCACAUCAUAACUUUGAAUCAAACUGAAGUUGUCUGCAAUAUGGAGAGGCUGCCAGUUGGAGUCUACCUUUUGACAUUGCUAGUGAGACCUUACGGCUUCGCACUCAAUGCCAGCACAGGAGAAGGCAUCUUCCUGAGAGUUGAGCCCAAGCUGGUAGCUAUUGAGCCUCCUAGAGCUUCGGAGAUUGGAGGACUGAGAGUGGCUCUCAGGGGGACUGGUCUGGAAGGGGUAAACCUGGUGUUGUUUGGAUCUCAGCCUUGCCCAAUUUUGGACAAUGCCAGAAAUUCAACGAGAAUUGAAUGUAAAGUUCCCUCUCGGGGGGCAGAAGAUACUGCUGUCCAUGUGACGCUAGUUUCUGGGUACCAAUCAACAACAGUCACCAACUUGUUCCAGUAUGACCCUUCCUUAAACCCGACUGUUGUAUCACUGAGCAGGAACCGAAGUGGCAUAGCAGGGGGUCAGGAGCUUCAGAUUGGAAUAUCCUCAUUUACCAGCUUCCGAGGGGCAGAUGUUAAGGUCCAAAUUGGGCACUCCUGGGCACAGAUUCAAGCACAGACAGACCAUGGUGUUAACGUGACCCUUCCAGCCUUGGCUGCAGGAUGGUACAAUGUUUCUGUCAUCAUCAACGGUGUUGCUGUCACAUCAAACAGGGCAGAGCUGUUAAUCCACUAUGUCUCGGAGAUCUUCAGCAUCGAGCCGUGCUGUGGCUCCUUUCUGGGUGGAACACUGCUCACGAUCUCUGGGGUUGGCUUUAGCCGAAAUCUGUCCCUGAUUUCCGUUUCAAUGAACAGGCAAACCUGCCUGGUUACCCGCUUGGAAGAGGAGACCAUUUGGUGCCUGACCCCACCAGCUGCUGAUUUGCUUAAUGAAGAUUCUCAAGACACCUCUGUCAGAGUGAAUGUACUCAUUAGCAGUAGCUCACUUCAGCAUGUUUCUGUUGCAAAAAACAUCACCACCUUUCUUUACCAAAGAGCUCUGACACCUGUGAUUACCAGUGUUGAAACAGAAAUCACAGCGAUCAGCCUGCUCUUGAGCAUCCAGGGGAUAAACAUCACUGGAUCCAUGGCCAAGCUUGGAGACAACGAAUGUGAGCUUGAGUUUCAGCAUGGCAAUGAGUCUGCAUUGUUUUAUGAGUGCUCUUUACCACUGGACAACCUGGAACCUGAGACUUACCCUGUGCGGGUUAUCCAGAGACAGCUCGGAUAUGCUUGUGUGGCAGCAAGGCUGCAGACCCUCACAGUAACUCCACGGAUAACCUCCAUAUCCCCAUCACAAGGGUCAGUCUGUGGUGGGAUGCUGCUUACUAUAGAUGGUGUUGCUUUAAAAUCCAGGAGGAACAGGGUACAGGUCAGCCUGGAUGGUAAUUAUUCCUGUGAGAUCCAGAGCUCUGAUAACGAUGCCAUUCAUUGCAUCGUCCUUCCAGGGGCACAGCUUUUGCCUUACAAUCAGUUGGCUGAGUCAUCUUGGGCUCUUAAUGUCACAGUGACUGUCAAUGGGAUCAGCAGUGUCUGCCUGGGGGACUGUACGCUCCACCUUCAUGAACAGUCAACCCCUCUUGUGGAUCUGGUGGCCUGGGAGACCAAUGGGACAUUCACCUACGUGACGAUCACAGGGCAGAGGCUGGCAUGGCCAAGUGACAGCCCCAUGGUACACGUGAAUAACCAAGCUGUCUGCAAGGUAACCUUCUGGAACGAGACCAGCAUCAAGUGCCAGAUUGACUGCCUUGCCCCUGGGGAAUAUAACAUUUCCAUAUCCAACAGGAGAAGUGGGCAAGCUUGCUUCAGGAGGGCGGCUGGUGUUACCAUCACACCUCAGGUGCACCGGUUUUACCCUCAAAACUUCAGCACCAACGGUGGAGGCCUGCUCACAUUAGCAGGCUCAGCACUGAGAGGAAAGAACAGGACUUCUGUUUUCAUUGAUUAUCUCCCAUGUCUCGUUCUCAGCGUCACCUGUGUAGCUAUCCAGUGCACGGUGCCUCCGGGCAAUGGCACUAGGGCUCUGAGGCUAACAGUGGAUGGCACCUCCUAUGGCAUUGGAAGCAUAAGCUACAGCGAGGAGUCUACACCAACUUUCCUUUCACUUGUUUCAACUGGUCUCCUUUUAAUGAUGAACGUAUCCCAAGUCACAGAGAUGGACACCAUCCAUGUAUUUAUUGGAAACUCUGCUUGUGGUGGUGUCACCAUCGCUCGCUCCACUUUGCAGUGCUCAGCUCCUCCACUCCCUGCUGGCGAGUACCCUGUGCUGGGCCUGGAUGUCCCCAGGGGCUGGGCUUCCUCCAACCUGACGUUCACCUCUCAGCUGGUGGUGACAGCCGCAUAUCACAACUGGGGUGGCUUGGCUGGAGGAGCAGUUCACCUGCGUGGGACUGGUUUUGACCCGGGGCAGACUUCGGUGACAAUCUGCGGUGCGCCUUGUGAAAUGUUGGACAACGCAACGACGACUGACCUGAGCUGCCUUGCCCCACGCUUACACGCAUCCUUGGCCAUUCUCUGUGGCCUGACACAUUCUUCCACUGACUGCCGAGAAGACAGAUCCACCUUCAUCGAAUGUGACAUCCAGGUCACCGUGGGUCCCUACCAGCAGCAAGGAUCCGUGUCCUACCUGUAUCUGUGUGAGGACAGCCGACCUCAGUGGCACCAGAGGGACAGCGACUCUUCCCGGAGGCAUUUGGCUGGACUUUUUUCCAGCCCUAAAGUGGAAAGAGAUGAAGUUCUCAUCUAUAAUAGCUCCUGUAACAUUACCAUGGAAACUGAGGCAGAGAUGGAGUGUGAGGGAGCUAAUCAGCCAAUUACCGCCAAGAUUACUGAGAUAUGGAAAAACUGGGGCCAGAACACUCAGCUCGCCCUCCGCUUUUGUGGCCGCUGGGCCGAGGACUCCAGCUGGCCUGCUGGCCACCCGCCGCGAGAUGGCGAUAGUGUCACGAUAGAAGAAGGCCGGACCCUGCUGCUGGGGACUACCACGGCCACCCUCAACCUGCUGCAUCUCCAAGGUGGCAAGCUCCUAUUCACUGGUCCAGGACCUGUAGAACUGCAUGCUCAUUCCAUUCUGAUAUCUGAUGGAGGAGAGCUCCAGGUGGGAUCCUCUGAGGCCCCUUUCCAUCACAAAGCACACAUCUAUCUCUAUGGAAGCCUCCAUUCUCCACCAAUAUUUCCAUAUGGGGCCAAGUUCCUGGCAGUGAGGAAUGGGACCCUUUCCAUCCACGGCUGGAUGCCCAAAGUAGCUUUCACACAGUUGAAAUCAUCAGUUCUUGCUAACGACACGCGAUUAGUACUCCAGGAACAUGUUGACUGGCAUCCUGGUGAUGAAAUCAUUGUAGGAAGGACGGGCCUUGGAGAUGUACAGCAGCAAGAAGAAAUGGCCAUUAUUGAAUCUGUAAACAACACUGUGAUCUACCUCAGAUCACCCCUCAGGUACUCCCACAACGUUGGAGAGGAAAGGGUGAAUGGGCAGAGCCUGCCUUUGACUGCUGUGGUGGCACUGAUUAGCAGAAGGGUUGUUGUUCAAGGGAAUGUCACAAGGGAGAGGAGGGCCCACCUCAGAGAGUGUGCAAAAGCAGGUGUUGCAAGAGGUGACUCCAGCUGUCUGUACAAGCGAAGUGAGAGGCAGCUGGGGUCCCGGGACCUGGGGGCCAUUGUCAUUGUGGAAGCUUUCCAGGAAGAGGCAAGUCGGCUGCAGGUGGAGGGGGUCCAAUUCCGCCACAUGGGCCAAACGUUUGGGUGGCACCACAGCGCCCUGACAGUUGCUGGCGAUGCACAGAUGGCAGACUCUUACAUACGUGGCUGCUCUGUUUUGGACUCCGUUGGCCAAGGACUCCAUCUGGCCGGGAUCUCAAACCUCAGUGUGGACAGUAAUGUCUUCUAUAACAUUUCAGGCCAUGGGCUUCUACUGGGAGAAGGACUGGAAAAGGGGAACAGAAUCAGAAACAACCUAGUGAUUGGCCUUUCUGGAACAGAUGGUUUAUCCAACAUUGAGACUCUGUCACCAGCAGGGAUCUAUGUCAGGGCUCCUGCCAACCACAUUGAGGGUAACACCGUGUGUGCUGCUGGGUAUGGGUAUUUAUUUCAUCUCUCCCCUGAGGGACCAUCCAAAAUGCCUCUUCUGUCCUUCAGUGAGAACGUCGCCCAUUCUUGCACAAGGCAUGGAUUGCUCGUGUACCCAGAAUAUUUGCCAGACAGCCCAAAUGGCCCUGUUCAGUUCAACAGCUUCACAGCUUGGAGCAGCCAAGGUGGAGCCCAGAUUUUCAGGAGCAGCAACCUCAUACUCCAGAGUUUCCGGAUUUAUGCUUGCACAGACUUCGGCAUUGACAUCGUUGAAAGCCUGGGAAACACAUCUGUAGCUAAUAGUUUUUUAAUUGGACACAUUGGGCAAAAGGGUGGAACCUGCAUGUCUGCAGGACUGAAAACUCCCAAAAGAUACCAGCUACUCAUCUCCAACACAGCUUUCAGGAACUUUGACAUAGACACUUGCACAGCAAUCAGGACCUGUUCUGGCUGUUACCAAGGGCAGGGUGGGUUUACAGUGAGAGCUGAGCAUUUGACCUUCACCAACUCACCUUUCCAAGUAUCCUUCCCCUUUCCUCACUCUGCCAUCCUUGAAGAUCUUGAUGGAUCUGUCACUGGACAAGAAGGAAGUCGUCUCCUCCCUUCUACAGACAUCCUUGGGGCUUCAUGCACAGCCAGUGCCAAUUUCAGUCAAGCUUCUGGUGGCAGCGUUUGUGGCAGGGACCUUGUUUUUCACCGUAUGUCUCUUCAUUUAAAAGAGGCUCCAGACAUUCCCUAUAAUUUAACCGUGACUGACAGUAGGAAUAAGACAACCACAGUCAAUUACGUCCCUGAUACUUUAUCAAACCCAUAUGGCUGGAUGGUUCUUCUUUUGGAUAAAGAGACUUACACGCUGACAUUUGACAACCCUUUGGUCAGCAAACAGCUCCAGUAUUCAGUGACAUUUAGCAACUUCACAACUGGGAAUUACUUGCUGGUGGAGCACAAGGAUCUUCCUGCCCAUUCUGAGGUUAUAGUGUCCUGUGGAAAUAGGACUGGACAGCCACUCCAAUCACUGCCUUCCUAUGGUCAUCAUGGGAACUGUGACUGGUAUUUCGACAGCAGACUGAGGAAACUAACCUACUUGGUCACAGGAGCUGACUUAAUUCAGGUCACACUGAAAGGGAAGGAAAGAGUCCCUUUACCUACAUCAGUUCCUUCUGAUGCUGUCUUGAAAUGGUCGCACCCAGAGACAUGGAAGGAUGUAGAAAAAGGCUGGGGUGGGUUCAACUGCAGUAUCCCAGGCCCAGGGGAAGAUGUCAUCAUCUUACCUAACCGAACCAUCCUGGUGGACACAGAUCUUCCCCCUCUGAGAGGUCUCUACGUCCUGGGGACUCUGGAGUUCCCCACCAACGCCAGCAAUGUCCUGAGUGCAGCCUGUAUCGUGGUGGUGGGGGGAAUGCUGAAAGUGGGUUCUUUUCAACAUCCUCUAAAACAGGAUUUAAAGCUACUGAUCCUUCUUCGGGCAUCUGAAGGGAUUUACUGUGAUCGUCUGGAGGAAAUAAAUGUCCAUCCAGGGAGUAUUGGGGUUUAUGGAAAGGUGCAAAUUUAUAGUGGUUAUCCUGGGAAGUCUUGGACACAUCUUGGAGGUAACGUUGCUCCUGGCAAUGACAGGAUUUUGGUGGAAGAUGAAGUGGACUGGAGUCCUGGUGGAGAUAUUGUUGUCAGCUCUUCUUCCUAUGAAGCUCAUCAAGCUGAAGUAGUUACACUUAAAGAAGUCAAUGGUCGUAGCAUAGCACUCCAUGAACGCCUCCUCCACAGGCAUAUUGGCCAUUUUCAUGACACAGAAGACAGUAGACGCAUCCGCUUGGCAGCAGAGGUUGGACUCCUAACACGGAACAUACAGAUCAAGUCUGAUUUGGCUUGCACUGGGAGGAUGCUGGUGGGACAUUUUAUGGAUUCCAGUGGGAGAGAGUUUGAAGGUGUCCUUCAGCUCUCAAAUAUUGAAUUUUUGAACUUUGGGCCUCCUCAACUUUCUGUCAUUGAAUUCAGGAACAUAUCCCAACAGUCCUCAGUGGUGUCAUCCAGCAUUCAUGGUAGCUGUGGAGGUGGUAUCAAAGCAAUCAUGAGCAACUGGAUCGUGUUGCAUGAUAACAUGGUGUUCAACACAGUUGGACCUGGCAUUGAUUUGGAAGGACAAAGCCAUUCUCUCAUCAAGAACCUUGUUAUUCUGAGCAGGCAACCAGAGGGCUUGUUAAAUUGGGUUGCUGGCAUAAAGGUGAACCUUGCCAUUGGUGUCUCCCUCUACGGCAAUGUUGUGGCAGGAUCUGAGCGGAUUGGCUUCCAUAUCAGGGGCCAAGACUGUUUGCUGGAUGGAGAGUAUUGCAGUGAAAAUGUGGCCCAUUCAAAUCUCCAUGGAAUUCAUCUCUACAGGGGAGAUGGUUUUCCGACCUGCACUAGAAUCACAGGUUUUCUAUCUUACAAGAAUUAUGACUACGGUAUGAUGUUCCACCUUGGAAGUAGCGUCGUUAUAGACAAUGUGGUGCUGGUGGACAACACCGUGGGUCUCAUGCCAGUAUUAUAUUGUCUCUAUGCCAAGCAGUGUCACACAGGGAAAAGAUUCCUGGAACUUAGAGACUCUGUCAUUGUCGCAACAAGCUCAACAUUUGACUGCAUCAGUGACAGGAUCAAGCCUCAUGCAGCUGACCUAACUUCCAGAGAUCGACCACCAUACUACCCUCGAAGAGGCCGUGUUGGGAUUUUAUGGCCUACAUUUACCACUAUGCCCAGCCAGAGGCCAGAAAAUGCAUGGCACAAAAUUGUUCAUUGUCCAAAAGUGCUGGGACUCAUGAAGCUGAAAGAUGUCACAUUUACUGGUUUUACAAAGAGCUGCCAUAGUGAAGACAGGGAUGUCUGCAUCAUGUCAAAUGCUGACCAUUUAGGCAUCAUGCCCCUUAUCACAGCGGAGAGAUCAAGGAUGUUACAUGUCAAUGAGAAGGACAAAUUUUACUUUCAUCCAGCAAGUGUACAGAGCUCUGAAGACACCAUGUUCCCGGAAAAGAGUUGCAAAGGUUCAAGGAAGGCCCUUUUCAAGGAUUUGGAUGGAAGUGUCCUGGACCUGGAACCACCUGUUUCUGUUUUCCCAAAGUCCGAAUUUGAAUGGACACAGUUCUACUUGCAAGCUGGUACCUUCUGGAAGAAGCUUCCGAUGCUGACAAUCAACCCAAAAGGCUUCAGGAGAAAUAGAGGAAAAUGGAGAAGUGAGCUACUCUGGGUUAAGUCAACAGCUGAGUACAGCAACCUACAUCAUACAGCCUCUCUAGGCUUGAUGGCUGCUACCUUUAAGGACACUAGAUGCCUGUCUUUGUGCAAUUAAAAAAGAAAUGUGAAUUGCAUCCUGUGAGUAAAACUGUAGUAUUUUCCUUAGAUCUGAGAGGCAUAUCUAUAAUCCAACCAAACUGCUGAGUGUUAGCUUGCAGAGCUUUACAGGGGAAGCACUGCGUUUUGCAACAAUUAAUUUUGCAGAGGAAGCAGCCUGUUUAAAGACGCCUGCAGCAGUCACUAAAAUAUGUGUUGUUUUUCAAGGCCACCAGACACACAGUUGGCUAGGUUGGCUAAUAAACAAAACAACAAUGCAAAAACCCAGCCUCGUGGGGUUUGCAGGAAGAAAGGAUGAGAAAUAAAAUGAAUAAUGCUUACCUGCUAGGGGUGGGUGAAGACUAUAAUUGUUUAGCCCCCAGCAGAUCCCUGCAAGGGUUAAAAAUGACAAAGAUAUUAGUUGGUGACUGCUAAGAUUGUUGGUUUGAAGCUCUGGGCAAAACACAGACUGUUAUUUACCGGACUUGGUCGAUUUACUUCUUAAUGCAAUAAUGACCUGUGAAAUGAAACGUGAGCUAGACAAUUGUUCCUCAUUGUUUCCAGUAAAACAUCCUUUCAUACCCCAUUAAACCACCAUUAAUUCCAUAUGAAAGAGAAGCAGGCACAAACACCAAGGGAUCUCUCUCUCUUUUCCUCAUUUCCUCUCUUUCUGGGCCUGAUCAGGUCCUGUGGAUAGCAAAACAGUUUUCUUAUCAAUUUUAGGAGGCAUUGGGCAGGCUGCAGGGGCCAUGUUUCUGAAAAGAGCAGAGCACAGGGAUUUACUGGAUUAUCACCCAGUGGAUCACCAGCUCAGGUUUUGGAGCAAAGCAUAUCAGCUAGCGUGGCCAAUGCAAUGUAGUGAUGUUAAUACGUCACCUUUCUCUCUUUUUCUUUUAAGAUUGGAUUCCUUUAAACAUGAGACUUAUGUGAUCAUGCCGUGUAUAUGCAUAUGUAUGUGUGUACCAUUUCCCACUCAGUCAUUUUAAGCCCACUUUUGAUUUCAAUCAAAAGUUAUAGAUGAAUAAGUUUUCAAGGAUGAUAAGACUCCUCCUCCAAAAAAAAAAAAAAAAAAGGAUCUUGGAAGAGAAAUCUUAUCAGCGAACCCCUCAGUCCCUCAGUUUCCCCAAAGCGGGGGUAGGUUGGAUCCAAGCCGUUUACCAAGAAAUAUUCUCUGGAAAGAAACUCCAAUUUUGUGUCCCAAAACAAACUAGAAAAAGGAAAUCUUCUGUACAUUGGUAGAUACCAAGGAAUUGAGACACAGCUCUGUGAUAAAGUACGAGUUCCACUUUGCAUGAAACUAGUUGCUUUAACCCCUGACUCCCCUCUGCUGUAGCAUGUUGAAUAACUACCAAAAAAUGACAAUAUAAAACUGAAGCAUAUAAGCAGUUCAGAUUUCGUCUGAUGAUAGCCAAUUAAAAAACAAACAAACAAACAAAAAAAAAAGAAGCAAGAUAUUCUUUCCUAAUGAGAGCUCUGACAUUAGGGGAAAACUAGCAAACAAUCCUAAUGAUGGGACGUAAAUGCUUCUUUUCUUCCAGAAAACAUUGGUGAAUAAAAGCUGAAACUGUUAACUGUUUACCUAUUACCUAAAAGUAGGUUUCCCAAGAAUAUAUUUUUUUCCAUGUAAAAAAGAGAAAAGUUUAUUUUAAUACCUAAAUAUUUCAGACAAAAUGUUUUUGUUUUUCUCUUUCUUCUGCCUUUUUUUUUCUUCCCCUGUGUGUAUAUGUCUGUGAGUUUAGUCAAAAAUAUUGGUUUUUAUUUUUCAAUAGCAAUACAGAAAUAAACUUCUAGAAUAAGUUUUUGGCCAGCUGUAAUUCACAUGAACGGUUCAAUAGUUGUACUUCAUGAUAAAUUCAGCCCCGAUUAUAUUGAUGUAAAACUGGUAGAAUCUCAGUCUAUCUGGAGUUAUAAAAUCGGGAUUCUAAUAUUUUCUCUUUUUUUGCAUUAAAAUUUGUUAACGGACAUAAAAUAUUUCUGAAGGUGAGGGCUCAUUUGAUUUAUAGACCCCAGUAAAAGUAAAAAAGGAGAUACUUCGAUGAGUGCAGUCUUUGAAAGGUCAGCGGAAAGUGGUGCCAAAUUUUCACAGAAAGCACUGCUGAAUAUUUUUACAAUUACCUAUAUUUUUCCAUGUGUGUAUUCUGUUGACGUCUUUUUCUUUUGUAUGCUUUACUCAAGAGAAAAUUCCCACUGAAGACAGUGGAGAAUUUUAUCUGAGCAGAGUUUGUGGAACUGAGCAACUUGUUGCCAAAGGACAGGAUGCUGUGCAUAACUUGUAGACCUCACUUAGGCAGGGUGUUGUGCUGGAGAUGGCUAUUGCUGAGAGGAUUUUGGUAAUGCAUAUUUCACACUAUGUACUUAUAAAGUCUCCCUGAAUUCAGCACAUCUGCACUGGCUGGUAUGUUACAUGCUGCACAAAUAUAGGAAAGAUCUGGAGGGGGCAGAAGUGGGGGCAGCUCUGAUGAAGCUCAGGAUCUAGCACAGAGUUAAUAUUUGUCUUCAUAUCAUCAGUAGUCAUAAGCCAGGACCCACAGCCUGAGCUCUUUAUUCGCUUUGCUUUUCCUUCCUUUGCUUUUUCCUUCCUUUACUCUUUCAUUCCAUCUGACCCAUUCAAGAUCUCCAGCCCCACCAUGCUUGUCUGCCUCCACAAACCAGGACCCCUCAUCUCCUCUGUGUCAUGGGACUCCCAGACUCCUCCUGUCUCCUAACCAAAUCUCUGACUCUGUACCACUUAUUUCAUCCUUUCUGCUGCAAUUUAGCACAUUGCCCACAAAUCAGGGACUUAAUGCCAAACCUCUUACCUCCACAGCCUUCCCAACCAUCAACCAGUCCCCUUUGUGCCUUAGAGCCCCACAUGGAACCUUGAUCCUGGCAUUUAAUCAGUUCCUUGGAAGGUGCUGCCUACCUUAAAGGGGGUUACAAUGGCUCAGUGAAUCAGUGGCUUUUAUCCAGGGGUACCAACUCAUUUUUUUUGCAAGCCACAGUUUGACAGUGUUGCAUCAUCAUUCCUGUUUUUCAAUUGCUCUUACUUUUCUAUUUUAUUUUUAUCUUUGCUCUAUUAUUUUAUAUAUAUAUAUAUUUAAUACUUCAUCCCUUUAUGUUAUUUGUUGCACUUGAUGUCUUUCUUUUGCCAUGCUAGAUUUAUGCCUGGGGCAGAUUUUGUCUGUAAGUUUGAUCAGAAAUAGUUCAGCUGCAAAAACUAAAAUGAAGCUCUUUUUGGUGCGUGUUAGAAAGUAAAUCUUUAAACUCUAGAACCUAUGGGGUUGCAGUAGAGGAGUGAAGGUUAGCAGGGAAACAACUCUGAGGUCAGUGAAAUGUUUUUUAUUUACAGUCCCUGUGAAAAACUCUGGACAGAGUUAUCUAUGAAAAUAAACCACAGAGAUAUAUUAUAUUCGGCACUGUGAAAGCUCUGAGCUUUGUCUAUCAUUUAUGAAAAUUUCAGUCCCUGCUCUGCUGCACAGUUUGAAACACAGACAUCAAAUUCCAGCCAUUUCCAAAAUAGCUGAGGAAUUGAAGCCUUAAAUCCCAGUUUCCUUGCAUUGCACCUGCUAAUUAAUGAAAAAAUUCUGGAUACUUCAUGACCCUUGUUGCUGUUGAAGAUGCUGUGUCCCUGGGAGACAGGCAAGUGUUUUGUUCUUACAAACCAGGUAGGUUAGGGUCCAAGAGAUUAAAUCUGUGAUAAAAUGGAGAGGAGAUCUCAAGUAUGCUGUCAACUGGGAACAUGCUGAUUAUAUUUUGAUUUACCAGCCUUAUCAGUAAGGCACGCACCACAUCUUACUUUGCACAGGACUGAGGUUUUUGUUAUGUAUCACCUAAACAUGUCUCAUUGACUGCAUCUAUAUAGGAUUGGGUCUUGGUUGCAGAAAAAUGGAUCCUUGUGGAAGGAUUCAAGUGCAGUUCUGAAAAGAGAUGGAGAAUGAGAGGUGCAAAGGGCGUUGCUGCUUACAUGAAGAGCAGUGGCCUGGGAAAGCAAGUCCCAUUUUUCCCUUCCCCUGUAAUUCUUCCUACAUAGCGGUAUUCUGCAUCAAAGACAAUCACAACUGUAUGGUUGUAUGUCUGUGUGUGUAUGUUUAUACACACACACACACAGGCACUGUCCUCACAACUGUGCUUGGAAGCAUUUCAUCAUUUUUUCCCUCUUAUCUUCCAAAUAUUAGCAUUUAAUGAAAUACACAUUUACUUCAUUUAUUUUGAACCUACUCCAAGGCCAGCAAAUACCAGAACCUCAAAUGUUAUGACAGGAUAGAUUCUUUAUUGGUUUGUUUUCUUUUCAUUCUUUCUGUUUUCACUGUGAUUUUUUAUUUUUUUUUUAAAGAUUAUAGACCCUUAUGUUCUAACUCAAGGAGCCUGGCUUCCAACUGAGGUAGACAAAUACGUCCAAAAAAAUGUCCCUGCGACCCAUCCAAUGCAGACAGCUGUGCAGCAAACAGGAAAUUGAGGAAGUCAGGUUCAUCCGAGACACAGGAUUUCCUUUGUGGAUGUUUCAGAUAAAGCAUCUUUAAGUUUUCAGUGCUGUGAAAGAGCCAUGAGAAAAGCAGGGAAACUAUUGCUUUGCACCUAGAAGACAGUGAUGUGAAAGCACGACAGUUUCUCCUGGGCACCAUCGCAGCUGGGCCAUGUUGACAUAAAGUCUUCCAAGUCUUCUGCCAGUGGUACAGGCUGGCAGAACACAAACCAGCUCUGCACCAGAAGCUGUGUGACACAGCCCCAGAAGGACUUACUAGGCUGGGCAUGAUUCCAUGCUAAUGUGGUUAUACAGCUUCCACUUCAAAGUAAGCAUAGUCCUUCCAGAUUGAACAGUGGGCAGAACAAUCUCAGGUCUAUCUGUAAAUGGCAAUUAAAGUGUCCUCCUAGUUUUAAACAUGUCAUUCUAGAGGUUUAACCACUGCUGGCAGAAUUGCAUCACAGGAGCCAGAAGGUUCAACCAUCUGCAUGGGAGCAGUGUGGUGACAGUGAUGGGGAAACACAGGUUUGUGCUGCAGAAUAAUGCAGCAGGUCUGAAUUCAUUGCUGAACUCUGCUAAAAUCUUCUACGACUUUGAAGAAAACAUUUGAUUAUCAUGUGAAAUUAGGUUAAUCCUUUUUUUAUUUUUUAUUUUUAUUUUUUUCCCUCCACUCAUUGGCUUGUAAUGGCUCUUGACAUUUCAAUGCUGAGAUUAAAAACACGCCUAUGUAGCAUCUGGUAUGAUGUGAUCCCAAACUAGUUUUGGGCUCCUAUGAAACACUGGGGGAAAUUACGUACCAUGAAUAGUGUCCAUAUGGCAUUACUAUAGCAGGCAAACACUUUGACGUUUGCCUGCAUGACCUUAGUUUACCUCACUCCCCUAUUUGUGGUGUUAGGUUGUGGAACAGUCUUACACGUGAUGAUAGUAACAGGGUAGCCAUUUUGACUCAUUUGGCCCAAAAUGUGAUCAGUCUGGAGUUGGCUUUGGGCUUCAUAGUUCCACGUGUUUGUAUGCAAGAGCUCUGCCUUAACUCCUGGAGAAACUGGAACAUGUGGGAUGAAUAAGAACUGGAGGAGAAAGAAAAGUCUUAUAGCACAGGUGGUUACUGGAACCCAUAUGAGUAACAGAGCCUUUCUAAUGUACUCUUUUAAACUGAAACCUUUGCCCAUGACUUUACUUUGCUCAUGUCCUCAUAGCAUUUUACCACUUGUCUGUAUCCAGCCACAUCUUAGCAUGGUGCCAGGGACUGUUAGCCAUCAGGGACAGAUCGCUCUGGGAAAUGUACUAAUGGUUUAACUGGGUACGUAAUUGUGAGCCGGUGCAUGGGAUGACUUUCUAGUGAUAUUUAUUUGGUUUAGUUAUGCAGAUGUGGUCUGGGUGACACGCACACAGAGACAAAAGCAAUAAAUGCAGAAAUCAUCCAUCUCUGUUUAAGCCAAAGGGCACCCAGGACAGGAGGGCCCAAUCAGUAGGGCAUUUCAGCUAAAACAUCUGCAAAUGUGGACUAGGUUUGAACCAAGAGGUUGCUACAACCAGAACCAACUUUUCACAAGGUUACUGCCUGGCCAAAAUAUGAAAAAUGAUAAUUUCUAAAGCGUGUCUGUGAUACAGAUGUCAUAAUUUUACCGAGUUCAAAGCACUCAAGCUGACACAGGGAGCACCUUGGGGUGUUCAGGGUAUGUGGCAUGACUAUUAAUAUAAUUAUUAGUUAAAAUUAUUAGUUAAAAAAAACAUGUGAAGUUCCUAAUGUAUUUUUAGAGAAAUAGAACAGUGCUUUGGAAAAACAGUCAACCCACUGACACUCUGUUUAAGAAACUUUGAAAAAUAAAGAUAUGUAUCUUAGGUAAUUACACUGAAUAUUUAGUCUAAGAUCAUGCCAGGAACAUAGUUAUUACCUUAAACAUAAACAACUUUAUAUGCAUUUUUUUACAUUCAUAUAUAAAUAUACAUGGUUAUAAAAUUGUCCUGCAUUUCCCAGUUUCCGGAGAAAUAGACACACAGUGAGGCAAUCACACUGAAAUGUCGUAGGCUGACUAGAGCAGCUUUUCUUUUCAAACAGAUUCCUCUUUUGUGUUGAAAACAUGCUGAGUUGGCAACAGUACCUCAACCUGUCUUAGAAAACUAGCUGUCAAAAUGGAGUGACCUUGCAACUGUAAUCUAGCCUAUAAAGGGUGGUCAUGGACUUGAGUCUGAUAUUGGCAGUACUUAGGACUUUGGUGUCUUUUUUUUUAAUAAUUAUUAUUAUUUAUUUAUUUUAUUUUCUUCUUUUAAGUUGUAUUUGGUAUUCUUUUUUACAGUUCCGGUAACUGCAAAUUAAUUUCAGUUUCAAGAGCCCCUGUUUUCUGGUUGUUUGGAUAAGGCAAGUUGAAUUAAAACUUUGGCAUAGAGCUUAUUUGAAAGACCAAUAGAGGAUUUAACUUCUGUGUUUGACAAACUAAUUGGCCAAGGUUUAAAACCAUCAGUUAUGCAAUAAAACUGUAUGCAAUUAAUUAAAGAGAGCUGAUUAUUUUCAGUCCAGCUCUGUUCCUGAAAUGUCCUCCUACUCACUAAUAAACUUUGUUCCUGCGGUGGUUUCUCUGAAAUUAAUAAACACAUUGCAAAACUAGA